AUGAUGGACGAAGAAUAGGAUGUUUUAUUUUCUGAAAAUGAAUUUUAAGUUUCAAAGGAACAAUUCACCUUUAAUAAAAACUAAAAGGGAUGGUAUUUGAAGCAUUAGCAGGCUGUAGGAUUUUGCGCAAAAGAAUAUAAUGAAGAACAUAUUAAAUAUUUAGAAAAUGAAUAUAAUAUUAAAUCAUAACAUUCAAAAUAAUUAUUUGGUAUUCAAGAAUCAAGCACCAUCAGAUAUAGGAAAAAUAAUGAAGGAAAUCUUGAAUCAAAUGCCAAAAUUAUUGAGUGGGAUGAUGGCUCAUAUCAUUUAAUGGUUGGCGAUUAAUUUUUUAAAUUAAAUCUCAAAGAUUUCUAAGCAGAGGGCUGCAGUUUAUACGAAAGACCUAAUAACAUAAAUCAAUAAUCAUUUUUAACAGAUCAAAUAAUUCCUUAAAUUUUUGUAGAUAAAAUUGGUACAAUUUAGAAAAAUGUAAAAUGA